AUGGCCACGGAGAAUCUCACCCUGUGGCGCAGCAAUGGCAGCGGAGCCCUGUGCCCCGUGGACACCACCUUCGCCCAACGCUUCUUGCCCACCAUCUACCUGGUGGUGAUCCCCCUGGGGCUGGUGGGGAAUGGGCUGGGCCUCUGGCACCUCUGUGCCAGGCACCGGCAGGGCGCCCGCCGUCCCCUCGGCCUGCUGGUGGGCAACCUGAGCCUGGCCGACCUGCUGUACAUCAGCACGCUGCCCUUCCUCAUCAGCUACUACCUGCGGGGCAGAGUAUGGCUCUUCGGGCAGGGCUGGUGCCAGAUCACCCGGGGCCUCUUCCACCUCAACCUCUACGCCAGCAUCGGCUUCCUCACCUGCAUCAGCAUCCACCGCUACCUGGGCAUCGUGCACCCGAUGAAGAUGCGGGGCAGGUGCCAGGGGGCAACAUCUUCGGUGUGGCUCAGCGCGAUUGUCUGGCUGUGGGUCAUCACGCAGGUAGCUCCCAAUUUUGCCUUCAGCAAGAUGGAUGACACAGGAAUGCGGUGUCAUGACACAACAGGGUACAAGAACCUAGGCAUUUACUUGCCAUACACCAUGGCCAUUACCAUGACUGGGUUCGUUGUCCCAUUCCUCAUCAUCAUUGGAUGCUACUGUCAUGUGGUGGUGGUGCUCUGCAGGAACAACACCAUGGACCUCAGCAUCAGAAGAAGAAGCAUCAGACUGGUGAUUCUUGUGAUGGUCGUCUUCUCCAUCUGCUUUCUCCCCUACCACAUCUUCAGAAACCUCAACUUGUUGUCUCGAGGCUGGCAGCUGCAAGGGUCCUGCACACAGGCUUUAAAGAACAUCUAUGUUUCCUACCAGGUGACCCGGGGCCUGGCCAGCUUCAACAGUGUUCUCAACCCCCUGCUCUACGUGAUGACCAGCGAAGACUGCAUGGAACAUAUGAGGACCAUCCACCAAAGAGCCAGCCAGUCCCUGGGAUCCACCUUCAAGAUGAAAACCUCUCACCAGACAGAUGAGAAGAUGAGCAACAUCAUUCUUUGUGAGGAGGAGGCUUCUGAUGAGCUCUGA